UACUGUCGCGUCUGGAGCGCGCGGCUCCAUCCUGUCCAGCAGCUCCGUUGCCUACGUCACCACAUUCCACCGAAUGCGAUGGAACAGCGUGUAAAAGCGUAAAGGUGGUCUCCGAAAACACUGCCAGAAACUUAUGCAAGAUGAGGGAAGCGGCCGUUCUGCUCACAACAUGUGUGGUUCUGUGUCUCCUUCUGAGCUUCAGCCAGGCAGCCAGACAAGGACAGGACAUCAGAUGUGGAGCUUGCAGGGCUCUGGUAGAUGAGAUGGAGUGGGCCAUCUCCCAAAUAGAUCCAAAGAAAAUGAUCCAGACGGGAUCCUUCAGGAUCAACCCGGACGGCAGCCAGUCCAUCAGAGAGGUUCCUCUGGCUCGCUCAGAGGGAAACCUCCUUGAGCUGAUGGAGAAUGUGUGUGAGAGGAUGGAGGACUACGGCGAGCACACAGAUUCUUCGACAAACAGGAAGUCCUAUAUUAGGAUAAAAUCUCGGAGCGGCGCGGCCAUGGACCUCUCAGAGGCCACCCUGGAUUCAAGAGUUACAGGCAGUUUAAAAUUUGCAUGUGAAACAAUUGUUGAGCAGCAUGAAGAUGAAGUCAUUGAAUUCUUCGCUCACGAGACAGAUAAUGUCAAAGACAAACUCUGUAGCAAGAGGACAGACCUCUGUGACCACGCUCUGAAAUUGCAGCACGACGAACUUUGAUAUCAUCCUGCCAUGGCUGCCGUCUCUCCUCAGCUGAAAUGGAGACGUUGGGUGAUGUUUUCAGUUGUCUCUUAUCACCGGUUUACGCCAUGGCAGUGGUGGAAGAUGUACACACAUUUAUAUGUAAGAUAAUAGAAAAUCGACCUGAAAAUAAAAGUGUUAUUUCUGUGAUCUGGGACAAUUUAAGGACCAGUUUGCCAUUUUUUAGCCGUAUCUCUUUGGACCAUCUUGUCACUUCUUUAUAUACUGUAAGUUAUUAUACUUUUCAAUAAUCUGUGUUUCAUAUGGAGGCUCUUGUCUUGCCUUCAAAUGCUCUUCAUCAGAUAAAACUGAAACUGUGAAACUGCAAAAAUUAAGUUAUACUUCCCAGUACGUAUUGAAUUAUUUACAGGACUAAUUGUGUAUAUAGAUUAAGCGUCGUAAUUUAAGACACAAGUACACAGAGAUCAGGUUGAAAUUUGGUCAAGUGGUCCCUAAGUCAAUAUUAAUUUACAUUGAUAAAGUCCUUACUAAAGUCAGGAAAAAGUGCAUUAGUGUUUUUUAUUCACCCAUACUGCCCGCUCAUCAAUGAACGUGUCAUUUGAUGCCAAAUUAUAUUUUCAGUUCUAGCUUUAGUUUUUAAUGCUUACCAGUUUUUAUGGAGCUGUCCAAGAUCACAGCAUCACAGCAUCACAGGAAUAACUUGUUUUGGUUGAAUAUUCCAUUUGAAAAAACUGAAAAGUUGUAGACACAUUAUGUAAGGUGAUACAUUAAGAUGAUUUGAGUGGCUAGCUAUGUAAUGUCACACUCUUCAAAGAUUGAUCACCAUUAGCCCCAUAAGAAUUGUUACUGUUGAUGUGAAAUUUAUAUUACAGUUAAGAAAACCUAUAAAAUGUUGCUGUUUUUGGUGGGUGGGUUGAUGUUGGAAAUGUCCUCAUGAACUGAUCAAACAUUUUUCACCCAAGAAACUGGCAAUUGAAAAUCAGAUGCAAGUUGCAGCAAACUCAACAACAAAAAAAAUUAGGGAAGGAAGUAAAAUUCUGCUUUGUGUGUAAUUAGGACUUUAUGCUUCUUUGUAGCCAAUACAUUUUAAAACACACCCAAGGAUGAAAUGUAAUGUAAUAGUUUAUAGCUUCAGGAGCAGGCAAAGGACACCCCUUCUUUCCAUUAAUCACUACAGAAAUCAGCUGCAAUCGCCAUGAAUUAUGAUAGUUAAAGCAUUUUGUUAUUACUUUGAAUCAUCAAGACUAAAGUUCUGUUUUCUUCAGCCUAGUAAAACUGAACUCCAGUGUAAGCCCACCAGAGUGUGCUGUAGUCCACAAGCUGAUUGUUGAGUUAAAGAAUCAUACUCCGUUAGAAAGUCUUCAUGCUGUACUGUCAAUGUAGAUUAAAAGUAUUUUGGUAUAUAUAUAUAUAUAUAUUUUAAAUUAACUUGCUGUCUGAUUUGAACAUUCUGAUAUUUCCUUUUUAUAUAUAAAUUUUGUAAGUUCUCUGCAUCUGUUUUGUCUUUAAUCAAUGGAAAUAUAUUUGACACGAGUUUACCUUCUAAAUUCUAAACUAUCAUAAAUCGGUUAAUUCACUAAAAUAUUUCUCUUGCUCCAUAGAUUGAUUUAAAUAGAUAUCAUCCAAAUUAUUAUAAAAAGCAAAAGUUCUGGUAACAGUCUGAUAAUAAACAUUUAAAAUGUUUACAUACUGUAGGCAGUUUGUUGCUGUUUCAUGUGUUGUGGCAAUGUAUUGUUAGACAUAUUUCUUUGAGAAUGAUUAGUAUCACUGUUUUAAUGCAUAAAUGGAAGGAACUGACAUUA